UUGCUUGCGAUGGUCUUAAUACAGGAUAUAUACCUACUAAUGUGCUUAGCUUCGGCUAUGAUAUCUACUCUAAAUGAACGACCGCAAAGCGACGGAACUGGCGUAUGCCCCCGAGAACCAAGCGGCCCAUCCCUCUUUACAUCUUGGGUUUGUUGUUUGGAAACAAAGGGUCUAAAUGUUGAGUGGGUAGAUGUCCAUAUCAUCUGGAAGGCGAAUACAGGGACGUAUAUUGCUGCCUCCUUUUCCUUCGACAUUUGA